AUGGUGCUGUUCCCAGGACACCACUACUUGGGCCCCGGAAGCCACAAGGGCAAGGAUCCCGUCGACGAGGACAACCGCAUCGCCAAGCGCCACGACGAGGCGUACGAGCGAGCCGAGAGCGACGCGGACGUGUUUGCCGCCGACCGAGCCUCGACGAAGGAGUUUUUCCACGACUUUGACUCGACUGGCAACUGGCACUCUGCCUUGGGAGCAGCCGGUUUGGGCGCGAAGAACGUGGUUGAGGAGCACGUACUAGGCCGCAGCCUCUAUGGAAUGCCCCCAGUCAGAACCGGACGGAAACGUACGAAUCACGGGGACUCAGAUCCAACAGCACCAAAACGAGUUAACGACGACCCAGGCCCCAGCAGUGACGCGGAAAUGUCCUCGGCGGAGGAGCUACAAUCGGAUGCCCCUGCAAGAGCAGCAGCCGGGGGAGCAGGCGUUGGAAGUAACCAUCCGUCUUCCUCCGAAUGCGUUCAGCAAAUUCUGCGAGUUCCUCGCGACCAUUCAGUAUUCAGUGACAGCAAGAUUGUCACCACCUGGGGUUACUGUAUGCUAAAGACAUCGCUCAAGUACGACAGCGAGAAAACUUUUCCCGGCAUCGUGACGAGCAUGUCGCGCCUGCCCAUCGACCGGCCUUACCUGUACAUUCCGCACGGCACUUACCUUAACUUUCUGGCUCACACACAGGCUCUGCAGUGCUCUGUCAAGGUGACUCCCCACGGCUUGCGAACUCCUUGGAAGACUGGCUCGUCGGUCGUGCAGCCAGUCAAUUCGGACAUGCUAGUUUACGGCCUGGCCUCUGUGGGGUUGAACCAUCACAUCGACACGGCCAUGUGCCGCAUAACGCAGGGCACAACACACAACGCAAUGAAACUGGCAUGUAUUCGCCCCUUUAAGGCAGACGACCACGCCGAACUGGCCAAGAGCUACUGGGGUCUGAACAUAGCACCGGGCAUGGAAACGCAACUCAACGACGACGCGUCCAACAUCCCUACGAGCAUGGGAGCACCCCGGCACAACUUUUCUUACGACUUUAUACACAUUGAAAAUGCGUCUCCUCGCUUGACCAAGUUCGUCAACCAGUUUCCGCUCAAGGGUCACGUGGGCACUCCCAUUAUCAACUACGAGCACAAGUUUAAAAACGCGUGGCUUCGCAUGGGUCACACGUACAAUGCCGGCAACGAACUACUGACCCACUCUUCACUUGGUCUGCCGUCGGACGUGGUAACUUACAAAACGAGCAGCCGGUAUAAUGCGGAAUCGAACUCUCAACUCCCGGAAGAAAACACGGUGAUGCGCCUUCGCCCGCUCGAUUUUUGCAAGCGACACAUCAGGUAUCUCGACACGAUCGAGAAGUCUUGGUACCGCAGAGGUCUCGCACCCAUGGAACUCGACGCGAUUCAACCGAGCCUCGCCUUUGACAUCAUGGCAGCGUCCAAGUCAAACAAGGACGACCCGGCAGCACUGACAAGUUUCAAGACGUCACGGCCUUCUUCCAAGUGGACACGGAACUUGUAG